AUGACAGCACUACUACAAUCUAGAUAUGAUGUUAAUAAAAAUUGUGUUGAGCAUACACGUCGAAAUCUUGAAUUCAUCAAAUCGUCAAUGAAUUCGACUCAUUGUUUAAAGAAUUCAAAAGAAACUCAGGGAAGAACUCAAGUUAUAACUAUCUUGAAUAAUUCCGAAGUUAAAAAAAUGACAUUCGCUAGGCACUGGAAUGAAAGACCGCAUCUGAACCUGUUAGACGAAUGUAAUAAACCCGUUUCUCUAGCUAUCAGUCUACAGAAAUCAUUGUGGGAUUUAAACGCUCUGGUUACAGUGAGUAAAAACAAUAAAAAAUAUGAUUUACUUAUAAAAGUUGCCUCUGCCAGACGUCUUUCUUCAACUGAGAUGCUUAUAAUACCUUCAACUGAUGAAGCUAUGCGAUAUAUAUUGCAUAAGCCACUCACUUUUCGGACUAACAGCGUAGACAAUUUCACUGGAGCCCAUUUGGCGCUGAAUUCAAAGAUUUCAUUCAGAUUGGAUGAUACUUUAAUUUGGUGCUUAAAUUGGAAACUUUUACAAUAA